CUCAGUCUCAAUUUAGCACGCGGCAACGCCAGAAGCUCGACUAGAACUUGGACGCACAGAUGAUUCCUAACCUCGGACUCUUAUCGCUGGGGCUGUUGCUGAUAGCCCUGCUUAAUGCGCAGCUAAUGCAGGCCCAGCCAGAACAUCGAUUACAUGGGGAUCAGUCGCAUAAUGGUGACGGCUGGGGCUAUUCACAGCCUCAAAGAUCUUAUGGGCAACACGAACAUAGGCACCAUCAUGGACAUGGACAUGCGCACGGACAUAACCACAAUCAGUACUACGAUCGAUAUCCAGGCAGCUUCCCGGGUGCUGCGCAGUUCGAGCACGGUCAGGGUCCCAACUUUGCUAGAGGCUUCUAUGGGGGAGGACAGCCCAGAGGUGGAUAUGCUGGGCAACCAGGCGCAGGGCCUGGAAGCCCGACACCUGGCGUAGAUUACGCUGCUCAGGCAGGCAGUGGUUCUGGACCUGGACCCGAUUUCGGCUACCAGCAACCGGAAGCUGGAUACGGAAGAGAAGGUCAAAGGGUUGAUGCAGGAUAUGAAGGUCAGUCAGGCGCUGGUUUCGUUGGUCAACCCAGGGCGGGUUACGGGGGGAGCAAUCGGCAUUUCCAGCCGCGUCCAGGCCAACCCCAACAGCCAAAUCAACCAGCGUAUGAAAGCGAGCAGAGAGGGCAACCCAUUCAGCCACGACCUCAAACAGGCGACCAAGGCACGUUGGACUUUAACUACCAACAACCGGGCUAUGCAGGAAGACCCUUGCAGCCACGCCCAGGAGUGGCGGAAAACGAUCAGUUUCAACCAUCUGGCAACCCCAUUCAGCCGCGUCCGCAGCAGGGCGGGCACGACAAACCUGAAUUCGACUACCAACAACCUGGCGGCUCCGGAAAUCCCUUGCAGCCACUCCCCGGCAACGGACCAUCUGGCAGGCCAAUUCAACCGCGACCCACAGAUUCCCUAAAUGUUCAGCCCUCUCACGAUGCAGCCAAUUUCAAUCCUAUUCAACCACUUCCAGGACAAGUUCAACAGCCACAACCGACCCACAGGUCUAAUGCAGGAGAUCAGCAUCCCGGAGAUCAGUCAGUUGGCACCACCUUGCAGCCUCGACCCAGAUCUGAUGGUGCCUUGUCCGAACCCGAGACUAAUCUACAAAGCACAGUCGAUGACAAUAUUGCGUCCCUUUUCAAUACGAAUAAUUUUUUGACACCCACACUGAUCGAAGACAAGGGGUUGCACGGAUCUAGGGACCCAAAGUCACAAGCUGAAAUUAAUCAACCGGAAUCCAUUGCAGGGCGCAACCUAUUUGAAACAAUGCCGCAGUGCCCCGAAGGAACAGAGGUGCGCGGCGGACGCUGUCGCCAGAAGGCCUAGAAAUAAGUAAAGGCUUGAACAGAAACAUCGCAACUUAGUUAAUCGGCUUAACAAUCUGACAAUCUGAUGCCUCAGUGGAAACAAAAUUGUAUUAAAUAUUUAAUAAACAAUCAUUUGAAAGCGA